AUGGCUGACAAUCAAGAACACGCAAACCCUAAAGAAAGGGAAAUCCCAGUUUUCACGGUCCUGAAAAACAACUGCAUCCUCAAGAACAUCUUCCUUCUGGACAACCCUCCUUCAGUUUCAGUUCCGGACAAUGUCGAUCGAGAAUCGGAAAUGGAGGAGAUAAUAUUGAUCGUCGGCAGGCAUCCCGAUUGCAAUAUCAAAUUGGAGCACCCGAGUAUUAGCAGAUUUCAUCUCCACAUUCACUCGAAACCCUCCUCUCGAUCUCUUCAUGUAACCGAUUUGUCCUCUGUACAUGGGACUUGGAUCUCGGAAAAUAGAGUCGAGCCAGGGGUCAGGAUGAAACUAAACGAGGGUGAUACUUUACGACUUGGGGCUUCGAGUAGGCUGUACAGGCUCGACUGGGUUCCGAUCAGCCGUGCUUAUGACAUAGAAAACCCAUUUGUGCCUCAACUGGAUGAGGCCGAUACAGUUGAAGAAGAACAAGGCAAAGCAAUCGACCAGGAUCAGCACAUGUUGUUUGAUAGAAAUGAUCAAGUUGAGGCCAUUGGGGAUGAUUUGGAAGGCCUAGAACGGCUAUUUCUAGAUGAAAAUUUUGGUUCUUCUGUUCAAAAAACGAGGCCUAUGGCGUCUGAAGACUUGCAUAAUUCAGUUUCGAUUGAGGAAAUAGAGAAAUGCAGUUCACCUGGAUUUUACAGUCAAGAAAAUGACUUCUGCAUUGGCCAGCCGUGUCAAUUUGAACAAGAAAACGGCACCCCUUGUGAGCUGAUAGAAACUUCGGAUAACAGUAGGAUGAAUUCAACGAAAAAAUCGGGUAUUAACAUUUGGUCGAGAAGGGGUAAACCUGAAAGUGUCCGGAUUGAGAUCAGCCGGCUCAGAGUAAAAUCUGCAAGAAUCAUCAACACUAGCUCACUGGUUGAAAAAUCUUUUAUCGAUGAAAAUGAAAAUAGUGAAUCGAUUCCUAUGUAUCUUGAUGACGAGGAAGAAAAUUUCACGCGUGAUAAGGAGAAUGCCUCUCCCGGUUCACUCCUACUCAAAACCUUAAAGAGUGGAAAGAGAGAAAGAUUAAACAGUGAUGAACUGGUUUUGAUGAGCACACCUGUCCCUAGUGUAGACCUUGAUGAAGAAAUUUUCACUCCAGACAAAGAGAAUAUGACUCCAGGCAGUCGUCUACUUAGGUCCAUGAAAAAUGCUGCAGGUAAACACCCAAGUUCUUCACAUAGAUCAUCGCCCUUGAGUAAAGCGUAUAAGAGCAACAUAUAUCAAGAGGAAACCGUGCCCCGUUCUGUAGAUGCAAAAUCAACAAAUUCUGCUUCUAAAUUGCGUGGUAGCUCGAAGAAAGAGUUGGCUCUGUCAGAAGGCACAGCAAAUCGGAGGGUACCCUUUUGCCCUUUGCCUCUCGAAUCUCUUAGUGGCCCUAAGAGCACCUCGAACCCCUCGAUUUGUGAGGAUAACGGUAACACUAUGAAAGAUAGCAAGUCUAUCAAGUAUGCCGAGCCUGAAGAGGUAACUUGCUCAAAUAAUAAAACAACACAGGUUGCAAAUGACAAUUGGAUUAUUGUAAUCGACACACCAUGCUUGCUGGACAAGAAAUCGAGAAAGGAGCUGAACCUGCUGCGUGGCCUUAAAGGAACUAAUUUGGUUAUUCCUAGGAUUGUUGUGAGAGAACUGGACUGCAUGCUAAGACGUGCAAGUUUCUUCACAAGAACUCGGGAGAUUUACGCAGCAUUGCAAUUUAUCGAGGAAAGCAUGACAGUAGCUAAAUGGUGGAUUCACGUGCAGAGCUCAGCCGAGGAAAUCGGGCUUGUACCACCGACCCCUCCUGCCUCUUCUUCUCCCCAUUGGUUCAGUGAGGACACAUGGGUGAAUUCUAUUGGCUCGUCGACUCCAUUUUCCCCAUGUAGCUUGCAGGAAAUCGUGACCCCAACUGCUGGGGACCACAUUCUUGAUUACGCGCUUUGCUGCAGGAAGAUUAGGAAAGAUGGACAAAUCGUCCUUCUCUCGGAUGAUGUUACUCUGAAGAUCAAGGCCAUGGCAGAGGGUGUGUUGUGCGAGACAGCUUGGGAGUUCCGUAAGAGUCUUGUGAACCCGUUCUCGGCUCGGUGUUUGUUCAUCAACUGUUCCCCUGUCGGACCUACUUGGACGUGUGAGGAUGAUGAUGUGCUGAAGGAGAAAUAUUAUCCGAGCACUUCAAAAAAAGUGACGAAAUCGAGUGAAAGUGGGGGUGUGAAGGGCUUGAAGCUCAUACUUAAGCAUAACUCCAGUUUCAGGCAGAUCAGACCAGUCUAG